ACAAGCAACAAUGGGUCAAAGUCAGAGUGGAGGCCAUGGACCGGGAGGAGGCAAGAAAGAUGACAAGGAUAAGAAAAAGAAGUAUGAGCCUCCAAUUCCAACCAGAGUGGGCAAGAAAAAGAAGAAGACUAAAGGACCAGACGCAGCUAGCAAACUACCACUGGUCACACCUCACACUCAGUGCCGUCUGAAGCUGCUGAAGCAGGAGCGGAUCAAAGAUUAUUUACUGAUGGAGGAGGAGUUCAUCAGGAACCAGGAGCAAAUGAAACCUUUAGAAGAAAAACAGGAGGAGGAAAGGUCAAAGGUGGAUGAUCUGCGAGGAACCCCCAUGUCUGUUGGCACUCUUGAAGAAAUUAUUGAUGACAACCAUGCCAUCGUUUCCACCUCAGUGGGGUCGGAGCAUUACGUCAGCAUCCUGUCGUUUGUGGACAAAGAUUUACUGGAGCCUGGCUGCUCUGUCCUGCUCAACCACAAGGUUCAUGCUGUGAUUGGAGUACUCAUGGAUGAUACAGAUCCCUUGGUGACAGUGAUGAAAGUGGAAAAGGCCCCCCAGGAAACGUACGCCGACAUCGGGGGACUGGACAAUCAGAUCCAAGAGAUUAAGGAAUCAGUGGAGCUGCCGCUCACACACCCAGAAUAUUAUGAAGAAAUGGGCAUUAAGCCUCCAAAAGGCGUCAUCCUCUAUGGACCACCUGGCACAGGUAAGACGCUGCUUGCCAAGGCUGUAGCCAAUCAGACGUCGGCCACGUUCYUGCGUGUGGUGGGCUCAGAGCUGAUCCAGAAGUACCUCGGAGACGGACCCAAGCUGGUGCGAGAGCUCUUCAGGGUGGCAGAGGAGCACGCCCCCUCCAUCGUCUUCAUAGAUGAGAUCGACGCCAUCGGCACUAAGAGGUACGACUCAAACUCCGGUGGCGAGAGGGAGAUCCAGAGAACCAUGCUGGAGCUGCUCAACCAGCUGGACGGCUUCGACUCCCGGGGGGACGUGAAAGUCAUCAUGGCCACCAAUCGGAUAGAAACCCUGGACCCAGCUCUCAUCAGACCCGGGAGAAUCGAUAGAAAGAUUGAGUUUCCUCUGCCGGAYGAGAAAACCAAACGAAGGAUCUUCCAGAUCCACACCAGCCGCAUGACGGUAGCUGACGACGUCACCCUCGAUGACCUCAUCUUGGCGAAAGACGACUUAUCUGGAGCAGACAUCAAGGCCAUCUGCACAGAAGCAGGCCUCAUGGCGCUGCGAGAGCGCCGCAUGAAAGUCACCAACGAAGACUUCAAGAAGUCCAAGGAGAACGUCCUGUACAAGAAGCAGGAGGGCACACCGGAGGGGCUUUACCUCUGAUCCGCAAACUUCUCUCCCCUCCUUAAUAAAGCCCUCACUGAUUUCUCACCACGUGGACGAGUUUUGAUAUAUUUUGUGCAUGUCUGGCUUAACCCCUUACUCCCUUGUUACGUUAUGUGUUUAAGUAGUAAAUAAAAACAAAACCAACUCAA